AUGCUUGCAGACAAUAUCAACUUGAGGGCUCAGUUCGAGGCUUUCACCAAGCGAGAAAAUGAAAAGAAUGGGCUCAUAGAUCCACCGAAAGCUGAACUGAAUGGCCAGAAUAUGUUCCAAAUGCUCCAGACCUAUGAGAAUAAGGUACGGGUUCUGGAGCUUGAGUUGAACAGCGAGAAAAGAUAUCGUGUAUCGACCCAGAAGAGCCUCGGGCAGUGGGCAAAAUACGGCUCGUCCCAAAAUGAUUUUGUUGUUGUUCUAGUCGAUGGAGAUGGUGCCAUCUUCCAUGAUGACUUCCUCUCAAAGCCCCGAGAAGGAGCUACCGAUGCUUCUCGUAAACUCACCCAAGCAGUUCGAGACUCGUUGAAAGACGAGCGCCUGAUUGAUAGCGAAAAUAUCACCAUCCUCGUCCGCAUCUUUGCCAACAUGAAUGAUCUAGCGAGAACACUUCAUUUGUCCAGAGUCAUCUCGGGGCGAAGUGACCUAUCUACCUUUGCUGAGCAAUUCACGACCAGCCGAGGCGAGUACGAUUUUAUCAAUGUAGGACCAGGCAAAGAAAAUGCCGAUUCCAAGAUGCGAGGUAAUUUCCAAGAUCGCCUGUUAGUCCUAACCAACCUGAUAGACAUGCUUAAACAUUACUAUUCCAACUAUCAAUGCAAGAAGAUCUUCUUCGCUGGCUGCCACGAUAAUGGCUACCUGAAUGAUCUCCAGAAAUACACCAGCGACGAAGAGAGUCGUGAAAGGAUUACCCUCGUUGAAACCACUCCAGCCCAGCCUUCCUUCAGGACAAUGCUCACCUUUCCUAUCAUCCGUUUCGACGGCGUCUUCAGAAGCACUUCUCUCUCCAUGGAAGACUCUUCUCAACCGUCCUCCCCGGCGGCACCCAUCAUCAUCCCCAAGACAGCCGCAAUCACAGCGCCCUCCUGGCGCCGCGACUCCGCCUCUAGCACCACAACCACCUCCAGCACCUCCCACCACCGCACAAGCAGCAUCUCCCCCUCACCCCCAAGCGCAUUCCCCAAUAUCUCCAUCUCCGGGAAUGGCGGCAUGUCCGUCCACUACCCCACACACCUCCCAGCCCCAACCUACGCCUCUGCUUGCGGCCCCGGCUCGCAAAAGAACAUCUCCCUCACAAGCCCCAGCGAAACCCGCGCAGUGCUAUACAACGAGCAUCGCGAGCGCAUCGACCCGCCCAACAAAAAGCCCGCCGACCAGCCCGCCUUCGACAGCUACUUCGCCAAACUGGCCAAGGUCAAGACGGCGGAGUGCCGCGGCUUCUGUAACUACCGGUACCUGCAGGGCCAGUGCCGGCGGGGCGCGAUGUGCCAUAACGAGCACGAUGUUGUGCUCUCGGAGCGCGAGAUCGCGGUGCAUCGGUACCGGGCGAGACUGGGGCUUUGUACGAAUGGGCCGACGUGCAGUGACUAUGAUUGCUUUUUCAGCCAUCAUUGUCCGUUUGUGCCGAACUGUACCGCGCAGACAUGUAAGUUUGAAGUGCAUCUCGAGGCGAAGGAUAUGGUUGUUUGGUGA